GUGUUGAGGGCGGAGGAGGCGGAGUGAGGAAGAGCUCAGACUGGAUGCUUUGGAAUCGCAGAGAGACGUCAGGUGCAGUCUAUAAAACACCUGUCUUUAGGCUACUUUAAAAAAUACUCUUAACCUACAGAUUAAUGAUAGGCGGACUAUUUAGACUAGCUUCCAUAUUCUAUCACGGCGGAUUAUAAUUUAUAAUAAACAUGCGUGGAACUCACUGAAAAUGAACGAUUCAUAAUGGACAGUUUAUACCUGGAGUGCAGCUGACUUAUGAGCUGAAGAAAGUGAUUCGACUGCCGAAAAAAAAACGUCGAGCAUUUAUUUAGUUGCUGUUUGACAGUCUAAUAAUGAUGGAUCAUGACACUCAGUGGCUGUACCAGCUCCUUGCUGGUGUGCAGCUAGAGAGAUUCUACCUAAGGAUGCGAGAUGGACUCAAUGUGACACGUUUUGAGCACCUGAUCUACGUUAAAGAAGCCGAUCUUGAACAUAUUGGCAUUAGUAAACCAGGACAGCGACGAUUAUGGGAAGGCGUCAGCCAUUACAAAAACAACAUGCAACCACGGUCAUCGAUGAUUAAGGCCUUCAAUAGUCGCUCGGCAGAGGGACGUGAGCUGUUUAAUGGUGUUGGGUCAGGCCAGGGGCCAGAACCAGCACGUGCACUCCCCUGUCUUAUCCAGGACGGUGAACUGAUUUUUGGGGACAGGCUAGGCUCAGGUUCCUUUGGGGUAGUUAGGAAAGCAGAAUGGCAAACACCGACUGGACGAGUGUUGUCUGUAGCAGUGAAAACCUUGAGGGGUGGCGCAUCCAGGUAUGGAGAAGUGGUGACCGAAUUCCUCCAGGAAGUUACGACCAUGCAGUCUCUGGACCACCCCAACAUUAUACAUCUGUAUGGUGUUGUCCUUACUCAUCCUCUUAAAAUGGUGACAGAGCUGGCUCCCCUUGGCUCUUUAUACGACACUCUGCGUCUACGACAGGGAGAAUAUCCUCUUUCACGGCUCUGGCUCUUCAGCACACAGAUUGCUGCAGGUAUGGAGUACCUAGAGUCCAGACGCUUCAUCCACAGAGACCUCGCUGCCCGGAAUGUGUUCUUGGCUGCCAGAGAGCUAGUGAAGAUCGGAGACUUUGGGCUGAUGAGAGGCUUGGAUCAGGACAGGGACCACUACAUCAUGACGGCACACAAGCGCAUUCCCUUUGCAUGGUGUGCUCCUGAGAGUUUGCGUGUAGGUACUUUCUCUCAUGCGUCAGAUGUCUGGAUGUUUGGUGUCACAUUAUGGGAAAUGUUCACGUACUGUGAGGAGCCCUGGUUUGGGCUGUCUGGCAGACAGAUUUUAUAUCGUGUUGAGCGGGAAGGCGAGCGUUUGGAAAGGCCUCCAGACUGUCCGCAGGAGUUAUAUUCUGUGAUGCGUAAAUGUUGGGCUUGCAGUCCUUCUGACCGACCGACCUUCUCACAGCUCACCACCAUGGUAGCAGAGGCACAGCCUAUGGAGGUUCGUGCAAUGAAAGACUUCGCAGAGCCCAGAAAACUCUCUCUACAGGCGAAUGAUCUAGUGACUGUAAUAGAUCAUGGGCUGGAAAUAUGUGAGUGGAAGGGCCAAAACCAGAGAACUCUAAGUGUUGGCUGGUUUUCUCCUUCAUUGGCUGCCCCCGCUCUCACAGCAGCAGUUCCUGCAUCUGGUCCGACUCUGAUCUCUUCUCCUAUUAAAGGUAGUCUAAAGCACUCGGGCCAUGGACAUACUGACCCAGCACGCAGCUGGGGCAACCCAGAACGAAUAGAAGACUCCAGACGUUGGAGGAUUCCAUUAGCAAGAGAGAAGGAAGGCUCCAAUCUCAAGAAAAUGGCAGGCAUGUCAAGGAGUCUGGAGUCUGUCCUUGGUGUUUCACAGGGAAAAGGUCAGAGUGCUGGUGGGAAUGCAGCUCAGAGACCUGAUCCACACAGACUCAUGCAGAGUAAUUUAUUGCAAGAUCCACGCAGGUUUAGUGAUGCUAUUGUUGUCCCACCUUCACGGCCACCACGUCCCAAUUUCAAAUGCAUCAGCCCACCAAACACUGGCUUCCAAUUCGUCAAACCUCAGACGACGAUCCAUGAUCGGAGACCAGUAAACCCAGCGGGCUGGGCCCCUCAAACUCAUUCACAGCUACAGAUCCAGUUCCAACAACAACAGCAGUAUUUAGGGAAUAGUAACCUUGCCAGGAUGACACAUCUUGCCAAAUCAAGCCCUCAGUUAGAUGAUGGCCCUGAGAAAGAGAAGGAGCAAGAUAAAGAAAGAGAGCGGGAGAAGGCAAAGGAGAGAUAUCCACCACAAAUUGGCAAGGAAGCAGUCAUGGCGCAAGUUCAAGAGGCAGUACAUGGAGUGACCAUUGAGCAGGUCAAGAAAGCUCUGUAUCGCAAUGACUGGAAUCCUGUGAGGGCAGAGCAGCAACUUAAGAUAGACCAGCUGUAUUACAUGACUCAGUGCUCUCGUGAGGAAUGUCAAAAAAUCCUCACCAGCUACAACUGGGACCUACAGCUGGCGGGACGUUACAUCAUCCGACAAGACAGAGAUAGGACUGCAUUUGAUAGACGGGGAGAAAGAGUUUAAUGCAAGACCAUGUUAAAACUGAAUAAUUAUUGAUGAGUUCAUGUUUUUCAGUGAUAUCACUGAAUUGUCAAGAGGUCAAAAUAAUCCAAGGCACACAAAAACUCUGUUUUCUCAUUCGGAACAAGUUUCUAUCCAUCUCCAAUGUGAAACUAUUUUUAAUGACUAUGUAUAAUGUGCUUGAUUAUUAAAUUGGUGAUAUCAGUUAUUUCACAUCUGUUUGGAAAGACAGCAUCAUCAUUCAUAUUAAAUGCAGAAUGUCAUUUCAGUUGCCAUUGUGACUGUUUAUUGUUACUUUACUAUUGUUUGUAUAUAAAUUAGGUUUGUAAAAUUUGAAAUGUAUUAAA